AUGGCACCCGAGGACCUCGCCGCCCUGCUCUGUGGGGAAGGGGACGAGCAGCUCUCCCUGCAGGAAUUUCCAGCAGCCACUGCUUUUUACCUGGCUGCCUUCAGCUGCUGUGCCCCCACAGCAGUGCAGAGAGUGAGUGCCAUGGGCCCUGGGCCCUGCCAGCGAGUGGUGGCCACCUUGGAGGCCUGGUGCCAAGGCAAGGCCCAGAUCCCCGAGAUCCAGAGCAGGAACCUGGCCAUGGUGUCCCUCAGCGUGGGGAUCGCCGCAGUUUUCCUCUCCACCCUCAUCCCCAACAACGUGGUGGCCUCAGUGUACGAGCUGGAGGCUCUGCUCCGCCGAGGCUGCUCGCAGGAGGUGGUGAGCAAAUGCAAUCUGCUGCUGGAGGAUAAUGCCAGGGAUUCCAUGGAGCUGCUGCUGCUGAGGGCGCUGGCACGGGUGCUGUCAGGGACACAGGUUGGGAAAGGAAUCGUGGAUUAUGUCCAAGCCUUUGUGCUGCAUCGAAACGAGGCAGUGGCCUAUGUGUGCAGCAGGCAAAGGGAGCACCUGGCCCAGGUCGUCCAGGCUUUCUCUGAUCACCUCUCCAGGUGCCAGGAGGAAAGGCCAGGCUGCAGAGCCUCGGAGCAGUGGCUGGGUGACUGCUACACCUUCCUGGCUGCCGUGGCACCAGGGCACGCCUGGGUGAGCAGGGCACGGGCAGCUCACCUCCUGAAAACAGGAGAAUUUCAGGAGUGUGUGGCUGUCUGCACCAAGGCCCUUGAGGGCUUCUCUGCUGAGAACCUCAGAGGUGAGGAUGUUCUGGCUCUGCUGCUGGAACGAGCUGCUGGGUAUUUCUUCUUGGGUGGAUGGACGCAGGAAAUGAUGCAGGAUUUAGCAGCAGCCUUUGCAGCAGACCCUGCUCAGGCAAUGAAAUGCUUUGAAGAGCUUUUCUCACCCAGUGAUGCUGAGAAGAUCGAGGAGCAGGCCAGAGCUGCCCUGGAGGGGAGGUUUGCAGCGUACAGGGAGGCUGUGCGUGCUCGGGCUGAUCUCAGGGGCAGUCAUGGCACUGAGCUGCUCCCUCCUGUCAUCCAGACAAUCCAGCUGCUCCUGCACAUCUGCCCAGGGUCCAGCCGGGAGCUCAGUGUCCGGCUGGCAGACUGUCACCUCCUGCAGGGACACCCCGGGGCCGCCCUGGACAUGUGUGAGCAGCUGCUGGCAGCAGAGCAGAACACGUACCACAACACCCUGCUGGCACUGCGGGGCUUCUGCUCCCUCCAUGCCCAGGACCACCAGGGAGCCCUGCAGGACUUCCAGAGGGUCAUUGAGCACGACUCCCCACAUCCCAACAGCUGCAUCAAAGCUCUGUGUGGGCGUGGGCUGAUCCGCAUUUCUGGGGGCAGCAAUUACUUGACAGCCCUGGAUUAUAUCACAGCUUGCCAGUUAAAGCUGGAUGAAACCAUCUUCACCAUCAAGUCCUACGUGCCAUGGAACCAGAGGGGAUUGCUGCUGAAGGUCCUCCAGGAGGAAGGACAGAUGAUGCUCCAGAAGAAGAGAGAUGCCCCAGGGGUUUUCCAGCUGGCUUCUCUCUUGGUGGAGCUGGACAGCUCUGAUGAGGCAUCCCAGAUCCUGUGUGCUGAUGCCCUGUACCAGAUGGGCCGUGGGGAAGAAGCCCACAAGAUGCUGUCACUGGCCCUCUCCAGAAACCCCCAGAGGGCUCCUGUGCUGGCCAGGCUGGCCCUGCUGCAGCUCAAGAGAGGCUUUGUGUAUGAUGGCAACCAGCUGCUGAAGAGGCUGAUCAGAAUUGGAGACUCCUCCUGCCUCCUGCCAAUCCUGGACAUUUUCCAGGACGAGGACCGCAAGCUGCUGCAGAGCCACUGCCGCUGGCGAGCGCUGGCCAUCCUGAAGGGCAAACAGGAGGGUGCUGCCAUCAAAGAGGCCAUUGCCCACCUGUCCUUUGCCAUCCUUGCUGCAGGUGGUUAUGCUGAGGAUUGCCUCCUCACCAGGGCUCGAUGCUACGGGCGCCUGGGGCAGAUGAAAACAGCGAUUUUUGAUUUUAAUGCUGUCCUGAAGGAGGACCCCAGCAAUGUCCAAGCUCUGAGUGGCCGAGGGUUUGUUCACCUCGCUCUGAGGCAGCAGAAGGAGGCAGUGCAAGAUCUGAUCUCAGCACUGAAGGUGGAGGCAGGAGCAGUGAUCCCAGCAAUCCUGUCCUUGAAGCCUGAAGCCCAAGGGUUGGUCACUGGGUGGCUCCUCCAGCAUGGCAGGGCCACUCUUACCGAGCUCAUGGCCACCAAAGACCUCCCGGGAAAAGAAACCCUCGGGGACCUUCUCAUGAUGGCAAAAGCACUGAUCAAAAUCUGCAGGGCUGCACAACAUCACAUCUUCUACACUGAUGUUUUGAUGGCAAAUGGAAGGCAGCAAGAGGCCCUGAAGCACCUGCAGGAAGCCUUUGGCCACUGUCCUGCUGAGGACUUUGCCAGGGCUCGCUUGGCUGUGCUGCAGCUGCAGAGCAGGAACGUGGCAGGGGCAGCUGCCCCCCUCAGUGUCCUGGCCAGGAGAGAUGAAAAGGACUUGGCCUUUCUCCUCAACUUUGUAGACACCAAGCAACAGCAGCAUCUCGCUCAGGCAGCAGCCCAGGAAGGGAAGGUGCUGAUGAAAAGCCACCACCACGAGCAGGCUCUGGGCUACCACAGCCUGGCCGUGCUGGCCAGCAGGGACAGCCCCAGGUACCUGAGGCACAGAGCUGCCUGCCUGAUGCACCUGAAAAAAUACGAAAAAGCUCUGAAAGACAUGGAAAAAGUGAUCCAGGGGCACGGCUGUAACAGCCCAAAAACACAGGCUGGGGACCACUGCUGCCAGGGCUUCCUGCUGCUGGCCCUGGCUCGGGAGGAGGCAGCAGUGCAGCACUACAUGGAGGCUCUGCAGCUGGACCAGCCCCUGGCCCUGGGCACCAUCACCAACUGCCCUGGCAGGGAAUCUUUAACCAAAAUUUUUCACAAAAUUGCACAAUAUAACUUUGAAAAGCAGCGCUACGAAGAGGCCUGGAAAAUCACAGACUAUGGGCUUAAAAUUGAUAAAAGUUCUGAGCUGCAGAAGCUGAAAGCAAGACUCAAAAGAGAGGCAUCGAGCUGUAGCAUACAUUGA